CUCACCGGGCCUAGUGCGCCUGCGCGAGUCCGCGGAGACCUUGGAGGCGCGGCUGCCAGGGACGAGGCGCUCGGACGCGAGGUUAAAGCUGAGGCGGCCGGAAAAUGCAGAGCUGGAGCCGGGUCUGCUGCGCGCUCGCCCAGAGAAGCCAUUUUAGUCGAAUCCAUCAUGGCCUACAGGGGAUUUGUGCAGUGUCGCUGAGGAGCUAUGCUGAUCUAGCUGAUGCUGACAUCACAGUUAUUGGUUCUGGGCCUGGAGGAUAUGUUGCUGCUAUCAAAGCAGCUCAACUUGGCUUUAAGACUGUUUGUGUGGAGAAAAAUGAAACGUUGGGUGGAACCUGUUUGAAUGUUGGCUGCAUUCCUUCCAAGGCUUUGCUGAACAACUCACAUCUGUAUCAUUUGGCCCAUGGAAAGGAUUUUGCUAGUAGAGGAAUUGAAAUUACAGGAAUCCACUUGAAUUUAGAGAAGAUGAUGGAGCAGAAAAGUGGUGCAGUGAAGUCCUUGACAGGAGGAAUUGCCCAUUUGUUUAAACAGAACAAGGUCGUACAUGUGCCUGGAUUUGGAAAAAUAACUGGCAAAAACCAAGUCACAGUAUCCAAAGAAGAUGGUAGCACUCAGGUUAUCAAUACAAAGAAUAUCCUCAUAGCCACGGGUUCAGAAGUUUCUCCGUUCCCUGGAAUUACGAUUGAUGAAGACACAAUUGUAUCAUCAACUGGUGCACUAUCACUGAAACAAGUCCCUGAAAAGAUGGUUGUAAUUGGUGCAGGAGUCAUUGGUGUGGAGUUGGGUUCAGUUUGGCAGCGUCUUGGUGCAGAUGUGACAGCUGUUGAGUUCUUGGGCCAUGUUGGUGGAAUGGGUAUUGAUAUGGAGAUCUCUAAAAACUUUCAGCGCAUCCUUCAGAAACAAGGACUCAAAUUUAAACUAAAUACCAAGGUUACUGGUGCCACCAAGAGGCCAGAUGGAAAGAUUGAUGUUUCUAUUGAAGCAGCUGCUGGUGGAAAGACCGAAGUAAUCACCUGUGAUGUAUUACUUGUUUGCAUUGGUCGACGUCCUUUUACUCAGAACCUAGGGCUGGAAGAUAUUGGAAUUGAACUUGAUAACAAGGGUAGAAUCCCAAUCAAUACCAGAUUCCAAACCAAAAUUCCAAACAUCUAUGCUAUUGGCGAUGUAGUUGCUGGGCCAAUGUUGGCUCACAAAGCUGAGGAUGAAGGCAUUAUCUGCGCUGAGGGGAUAGCUGGAGGCGCAGUUCACAUUGACUAUAACUGUGUGCCGUCAGUGAUUUACACACACCCUGAAGUUGCCUGGGUUGGCAAAUCAGAGGAACAGUUGAAAGAAGAGGGGACAGAAUACAAAAUUGGAAAGUUUCCAUUUGCUGCUAACAGCAGAGCUAAGACUAAUGCUGACACAGAUGGCUUGGUGAAGAUACUUAGUCAGAAAACAACAGACAGGAUGCUGGGCGCUCACAUUCUAGGCGCAGGUGCUGGGGAGAUGGUUAAUGAAGCUGCUCUUGCUAUGGAAUAUGGAGCAUCAUGUGAAGAUGUAGCCAGAGUUUGCCAUGCCCAUCCAACUGUCUCGGAAGCCUUCAGGGAAGCAAACCUAGCAGCAUCUUUCGGCAAAGCUAUCAACUUCUAAAAUGCAAGCACAAUCGUUUGUACAUAUAUAGCACAUUUCUUCUGAAAAUGGACUGUUGGCUUUUGCAGAAGACUGGGUCUUUGAGUAUUUCUAGAACUGAAUUAAGUGAAUUUCUUUUGUUUAAACAUCAAUUAUUUAAACACAUUUGGUUUGGAACAAGUGGAAUUAUCCAGUCGCUGUAUAUUAAUAUACUUAGAAACUUGUUUGUGCAUCAUGGGUAUUUCGGAAAACAAGCUUAAGAGUCAACGGUUAAAAAAACCCAACACGUCACUGUUGCACAGCAUAAUGAGGAACGCUGGCCACAACUCAUGGCUAAUACCGUCCUGGUAUCUGGUAUAUUCUUAUUUGAAAUACUGAUAUUCCAGUGGAAUGCUGGCACUUAAAAAUGCCACUGUCACCUGUGCACAAAGACGUUGUGGCAUUCUUUUAUGUGAAAUCUUUCACUAUAUAUUAACUCUUUUUUUCCCCCCUGAAAUGCAGAAACCAAACCUUUUGGUUACUUUGAUCUGGUAGAGUUGGGAUUACUUGGAUGGGAUAUUUACUGCAGGUGAAUUGAAGCUUAUCUUUAUUUGUAGAAAGCUAGUCUGGCAGUGUUUCUACUCUUUAUCUCCACGAAUCAUGUUUUCAUAUUGAAAACAUGUCUGUAAAAUUCUACUUUAACUUGCAAAAAAAAUCAAGCGAUUAUGAAGAAAUGAAAAUUCAGUGGAGGAAAAUUAACUGAAUGUUAUUGCCACAUAGGGUAAUUGUAUCAGUCUUCUCAUUUCUAAGGAAUUUUUCAUCAUUCAGAGAUGGUUAAAAUUAUCCUGAAGUGCUUUAAAAACAUACCUUUGUGGAAGGCUAAGCAACAUUAGAUCUAAGUGCAGUGGCACCCUGCACAAAGAUGGGGUUAGGCACCGCUCUGCUCUUUCCAAACAUACUGGCUGCAGCGGUGCCAUGUCCGUUCCCCAGCAGAUUCUAGGGUGCUUUUUUCCCUCCUUUUCAUUUGUUUUGUCUGUUCUCUCCUCUGCUGUUUAAAAUCUGUUUUCCUGCAGCAGGAAUGUUUCAUAUUUUGGCUGGGGAAUUCAAGUGUUUGUAGGUGGCUUGACCGAGAGCUUGAUAUAGAAGGGUUAGUUUCCUUUAUUAAGCUCUUGAGUUCCUCUCUGCAGUUAGCUCCAUGCACUCCUUAUCGUGGUUCCCUCAGCUUGUCUGCACUGAGGAUUUUCUGAAAUUCUCCUACCAUUGCUCUAGCACAGGCUCCGCUUCACUGGUGCAAGUGCAGACUGGCUGUUGGUGUUUUUACCACCAGGUCAUCAGAACUGGUCUAGAGCUGCACUACUGAUGGGAGAAUUUCUGGAGACCCAUGUAAUGCAUGUGCCUGUCUGUCCCCGAAACCAGCCAAGCUCUUAUGUGCAGGGGAUAGAUAAUUGCUGAGUAUGAAUGAAUGAAAUGCACAAAUGGAUAAGCCAAUUAGUCUAUCACUGUGGACUGCUGCAGUUCGCACAAUGAUUUUUGUGUGAGGGAAACUGCCCAAGUGUAGCAACUUGUUUGUUUUCCUUGUGGGCUUCAUUCCUUCAUUUACUGGGCUCUUGUUUUGUCCUGAUCCCCAAAGCAUAAAUUUGAUAGGGUUUAGAAGCAAUGACUGUAUCUGACACAAAGACCUAAUAGGAGGGAACAUGCUCAGUUGAUGCUUUUUAAAAAACAAACAAAAAACUAGAGCUGCUCAACUUUGUGUUUGCAUGAUGAGACUUUUGGUAGCUGUAUCCUCCAGCUACUGAUCUCUGUAUUGAUUUGUUCUCGGUUGAAUAACGGCAAUAUGAUCAGCAUUUGGUUACUCAGUAUUUUUAGGAAACUGUAAACAAUAGCAAAACUCUGAAAUUAAUAUGCUUUUCUGUGUCUCUUCUGACCUGUCUUCAGUAUGUGCGGAGGUGGAUUGAGGCUAGCGCCCGCUUUUGAGGCUGUCUCAGUGUUCUGAGCUGGCUGAAUGCACCCAUGAGUUGGUGAGAGAGCCAGAAUAAACGUGGGUUUAUGUGGAGGUGAUAGCAAGGUGUCUCCAAGGGAAGCAAA